AGUAAAAGAGAGAGUUCAGCAAAGCAGCCUUUGAAACCCUUUCCAUUUCCUUUGUUUUUCAAGGCAAAGCAAACAAGGAAGGAAUCCAUUUCUUGGAGGGAAGUUUCUUGCAAAUUCUUGGAGUAGUCAUUUCAAACUUUAUUUGUGAUUUUCUAGGACCCUUUUGUCUAAAAAGAUCAAACACAAGAUGGGUGUUGGAGGAACAUUGGAAUACAUCUCAGAAAUGAUGAGCAGUGGUCACAAGCACAAGAAGAAGAAGCAAUUACAGACUGUAGAGCUCAAGGUCAGAAUGGACUGUGAUGGGUGUGAGCUUAAAGUCAAAAAAGCUUUGUCUUCAUUAAGUGGAGUGAAAUCUGUGGAGAUAAACAGGAAGCAGCAGAGGGUGACAGUAAGUGGAUAUGUUGAUGCAAACAAGGUGUUGAAGAAGGCCAAGUCAACAGGGAAAAAGGCGGAGAUAUGGCCCUAUGUACCUUACAACCUAGUGGCUCAGCCUUACGCUGCUCAAGCUUAUGACAAGAAGGCCCCUCCUGGCUAUGUCAGGAAGGUUGAGAACUCAACAAGUGGCACUGUCACCAAAUAUGAGGACCCCUACAUCUCCAUGUUCAGUGAUGACAACCCAAAUGCCUGUUCUAUUAUGUAGAUAUAUAUAUAUAUAUCUACGAUGAUCAUGAGAAUAUAUGUAUGGUACUUGUAGUACUACAUGCUCUGCUUCCCUCAUCUGAUCAGAUUCCCCACCUAAUCUCUCUCUCUCUCUCUCUCUCUCGGCAUUUCUUUGCAUGUUUUAGGAGUUCUAGCUUGCAGGCCGGCUUGUAGUUUUGUAAUUGUGAGUGGUUUUGGUGGACAUAGAAUGUAAAAUGGUUUUAGCUUAUUGAUGGAAAUAGAAUGUGUAGUUAUGCAACACUCACUACUUCUUACUUUAAUAUAUGAGUUUCCUCA